GCCGCGCUGCGCGGGGGGAUGCUGAGCAUGGCCAGGGCGCCCGGCCGACGCCUCGGGGCAGCAUGGCCGUGAGCGGGGCGGCCCCCCCCGCCGCCGAGCCCCUGCCCCGCAGCAUCUUCAAGAAGUUCCUGGUGAUGCUCUGCUCCCUCCUCAUGUCCCUCUAUGUCUUCUACUGCCUGGCCGACCGCUGCCAGACCCUGCCCGGGCCCAUCAUCGCCGCGGGCGCCGCCUCGGAGGAGGAGGAGGGCGGCGGCGGCGGCGGGUACCUGGGCGGCUCGGCCGAGCUGCCCCCGUGGCAGGCGGCCGCGGUCCGGCGCAAGCGGCUGCUGCAGCGGCUGAAGCAGCGGCGGCGGCGGCAGGAGGCGGCGCCGGGCGAGGAGGCGCCGGGCGGCGGCGGGAGCCGGGCCGGCGGCUCGGGCGGCGGGGGCAGCGCGGCGGAAGCGCCCGGCACCCUCCCGCCGCUGCUGGGCGAGGGCACCAAGCGGCUGCCGCAGGCCAUCAUCAUCGGCGUGAAGAAGGGGGGGACACGGGCGCUGCUGGAGUUCCUGCGGGUGCACCCCGACGUCCGCGCCGUGGGCGCUGAGCCCCACUUCUUCGACCGCAACUACGAGCGGGGCCUCGCCUGGUACAGGGACCUCAUGCCCAGGACCCUUGAGGGGCAGAUCACCAUGGAGAAGACUCCCAGCUACUUUGUCACCAAGGAAGCUCCAGCCCGCAUCUCCUCCAUGUCUAAGGGCACAAAGCUCAUCGUGGUCGUGCGGGACCCUGUGACCAGAGCUAUAUCGGACUACACCCAGACACUCUCCAAGAAGCCUGAUAUCCCCACCUUUGAGAGCCUGACCUUCAAAAACAGGACUACAGGCCUGAUUGACACCUCGUGGAGCGCUAUCCAGAUUGGCAUCUAUGCCAAGCACCUGGAGAACUGGCUCCUGCACUUCCCUAUCAGGCAGAUCCUCUUUGUCAGCGGGGAGAGGCUGAUCAGCGACCCUGCGGGGGAGCUGGGCAGGGUCCAGGACUUUCUGGGCCUCAAGAGGAUCAUCACGGACAAACACUUCUACUUCAACAAAACCAAGGGUUUCCCAUGCCUGAAGAAGGCGGAAGGCAGCAGCAAACCCCACUGCCUGGGGAAGACGAAAGGCAGGACCCACCCCAAUAUAGACCAAGACGUGGUGCAAAGACUACGGGACUUCUACCGGCCUUUCAACAUGAAGUUCUACCAGAUGACGGGGCAGGACUUUGGCUGGGACUGAGGCUCAAAAAAAUAAUUUAAGAAAAGGAAAAUAUAAUAUAAUAUAUAUUUUUUUUACAUAGUAGAGAUGGAGGAAUACAGAAAAAAAUAGUUGUGCUGAAAAUGUUAUUUGUUUUGAUUUUUUUUUCUUUUGACACUGCUUUGUUUUCUUUCUUCUCUCAGUGAUGAAAUGAUGUGUCCUAGCAGAGGACAAAGGAGGCUGUGAACUGCAACUUGGCCCUAAUGACAUCACUUGCAGCUUGGUUGUUUCCUUCAAUGGUCCAAGGUUUAACACUGUCUCUGUAAAAAAGGGCAGAUGCAAAAAAUUUUUAGAUGUUGCCAAGUUCCAUUUUCAGAAGUGACAUGGGAGCUCAGAAUCUUACUGGAAGACCAGCCAGAUUUUGAAUUGCAAAUGGCAUUUUACACCAGACCUUGGUCACUUUUGGCAGUUGAACCAAAGGAGUCCUAAUACCUAGUUUGGAUUUUAAAAUCUUACUAUAGUGUCUUUUUUCUUUUUAUUGAAUGAAACCAUCAGUGACAUUUUUUUUUAUUUGCUCAGUUUUUCUUUGUCUUCUGGUACCCCCAAAUCAAACUUUUCUCA